AUGGUCUCGUCCGCAAGUUCAACCAUCAUCUUCCCGCCCUCGCAGACGCCCGUGCGGGUGCGCAUGGUCGACACCACGGCUCUCAUGACCGUGCGGGCCGAGUCGUUCGUCAAGCCCGUCCAGAAGCCGGGCCAUGAACUUCUCAACCUGACCUGCGUCGCGUUCCUGAUCGAGCACACCCCCUCUGGGAGGAGAGUCAUGUUCGAUCUCGGCGUGCGCAAGGAUUUCUGGAACUACGCCGCCGUGCUGCAGAAGCGGAUCGGCUCCGUCAUCCCCAGUCUCCGCGUCGAUCGCGAUGUCCCGGAGAUUCUGGCGGAGAAGGGCAUCGCGCUGGAUUCUAUAUCAUCUGUCAUAUGGUCACACUACCAUUGGGACCACAUCGGCGACAUGUCUCUCUUCCCACCCUCAACUGAGCUGGUGGUCGGACCUGGCUUCAAGGCCGCACCACUGUUGCUCCCUGGUUUUCCCGAAAAGCUGGACUCGCCCGUGCGCACGUCUGACUUUAAAGGUCGCGAGCUGAGGGAGAUUGACUUCAAGAGCUCAAGCCUCCGGAUUGGCGGUUAUGGGGUGCACGAUUUCUUUGGCGAUGGCUCCUUUUAUUUACUCGAUACACCCGGCCACUGUAUAGGCCACAUGUGCGGACUUGCGCGGACGACAGCUGGCAAUGACAGUACGUUCUUGUUGCUUGGCGGAGACAUAUGUCACUUUGUGGGAGAUAUCAGACCAAAUCCGAGAUAUCCAAUUCCAGACCCAGUACCGGCCGACGUGCUCGAUCGCGACUCAGGCUAUUUUCCGACUCCAUGCCCGUGCAGUCUUUUCACGGACCACCAUCCAGCCAUCUCUCAUGGGAUCCAAUCUGGCGCCCCAAAACAGACGCCGUUUUACAAAGUAUCGACGCUCGGUUCGUCCGCUUACGUCGAUCCGCCCACGGCUCAAGAGUCAGUGGAUGAGUUGAUCAACUUCGAACAAUCCCCUGCCGUGAUGGUCUGCAUCGCACAUGACGAGGCGCUGCUGAAGUUCUUGCCCACGCUAAACAGAGAUCCGGGAUCAGAUCUGAACAACUGGAAGAGCGCAGGAUGGAAGGAGAAAUGUCGCUGGGACUGGCUAAACGAGUUACCAAGGAACGGCAAACCAGGCAGGAAACCAAUCGUGGAGGGGUUCUGGCGAGAUGGCAAGCCGUGGGAUAGGUCAAAGAUGGGGGAGGACGGAGAAAGGGAGGCUGAAGAGGCUAAGAAAGGCAGAUCGUAA